AAAAAAAGAACAAAACCAAAUUUCAAACGCAACAUUGUUUCAGAUUUCGGUUUUCUUCUUCCAACGAAAUCGAAAACCUUUUCCCACAUAAAUGGCAGAUUCUUCUAGAAACUUCGAUGUGAAUCAGCUUAUUUCCAUAAGCAACGACCUCGUUAACGUUUUGCAAGACCCUAACGAUCGUGACCUCAACAUCCUCUCCCAAUGUCUCCAACACACACUCUCAGUUUCUUCUACCUGCGAAUCCGACCUCAACGAGGUUUCCUCCUUGUUCCAAGAUUAUCAGAACAAAAUAGAUUCUCACAACCAGAAAAUAAAGGAUGCUAGAUCGGAGACUGCUGCCGAUGCAGAACUAGAGCUUUUGCAGAGAGAACUCGAUGAAGAACUUGAAAAAGAAUGCUUGUUGAAAGAGGAGUUUAGAGCCAUCGGCUACGAGUUUAAUGAUCUAGAACAACAACAGAUUUCUGUCCGAGAGCAGAAAAAGAAAUUACUGAAAAUUGAGCAAGAAAAGCAGAGAACACGGAUGCUACUUUCGAUGUAUGCUUCUGUGACAAAUAUUGUUCCAAACUUGGAUGACCAAUCAAAAAUUUCAGGCUAUAUUGUUGAAAAGGAAAAAAAUGCAGUGGAGAAAUUUGAAUUCGACACAUCGCAGAUGACAACCCUUGAUGUAUGCAAUGACAUGUGGAAAAUAAUAAGUAGUUGAUGGAUGUCAAACAUGGCUUAGUCGGAUUUGUAAUAUGUAAUUUCUCAAAUUCAGUACCAUGUUAGGAAUGAAAAUCUUACAUUGUUGAUUGAAGAGUUCAAUGUCUCAAUUUAUUAUGAAUGAAAAUCUUGCAAUGUUGAUAUUAAGAUGUUGAUUAGUAAGUUUCAUUGAUGUGUAUUUCAUGUCAAGAAAUUGAUACUAAUUUGAAUAUUCACAUACGAUGUGCAGUAUACUUGGAA